AGUAAAAGCCACGAUGUAGGUAGAGAAAAAUGUGAGCGAAAACGAAGAGAAGCAGAAAUGUAAAAUAACUGGCCACACAAAUAACUAUAGUAUUGUGAAAUUAAGUAUUAUAAGAGCCAGUCGCAGGCGAAAUAACUUCUGCAGAUAUAUAUGAAAAUAAGCGCAAAACUACGGGAGAUAUAAUUAAAAAAUCGAAAAUGGAUAAGUGAAAAUACUCCAUGAAUUCAGAUACUGCUGAUGCUAUUAAGGAUUGAUUUACGGUUAAGUUAUGGGUUGAAUUGAAUGUGAUGCGCGAACUUGCAAAGAACAUACAUAUACAUAGGUAUUAUAUACUUUGUGGGUGGGAAAAAGAAGACUAAAAACGAAUUUGAUUAUGAGUUAAUUUAAGAUCCAUACGAUGCAGCGGAAUUGGUGCAGUUAUGCUCUGACUUGGCAGAGACUGGAAGACGCCGUUACCGAAAUUUACUGCCAAAAAUGGAUACAUAAUACUACGUCUGUGGAGUUAUAAAAAAUGUAGUAUAUUGUGGAAGACAAAUCUCGCAAAGUGGACUCACCAAAUUGCCCCUCCUCCCAUUAUGACUGUGAUAAUAAUAAAGAAAAAUGCAAAAAACUAAAACAGAAAUUGCUGUAAAUUGAACGAAAAAUUGUUAAACGGGGCGGAUGAGUAACAUAUGAAAGUGAAAUACGAAAUGUAAAUAAAAAUUACGUCAAAUUCAUAACCAAUACACCAGUAAAGCUUUAAAUAUAUUCGUGCGGUAAAAUAGUGACUUUAAGUCAUUGUGUCCGACUCAUAUCAAGAAAGGAGUCCAUCGAGAAGUAAAUCAUGUGCUGCAUUUAAGAUAUAUGUAUAAACAUUUGAACGAAUGUUUAAUAUAACAUUAAGGAUAAAGAUAAUAUGAACAAGAUGUUGUAACUACCCUUAGUAAAGUAGUUAUUGCCGUGCUUUAGAUGUAAACAAAACACCAAUUUAUUAGCAAUUAAAUGUUUUAAAAUAUUACCAAUAACUUUUACGAAAAAAUAAUUUGGUACGAAGAUUAAACACUUUUUUUAGAAAUCUACGUUUUGUUGCAAUAAGAACUAUCCGUAAAAAUAAUAGAAAAAUAUCCACUAGCAACAAAGUUUCAUAAAUAAUUCGAAAAACUGUUAUAUUUAAGAUAAAGUAAUUAUGUAUCAGGUGUUUUACCAGUAAUAGGCGAGCCACGAAAACACUUUAAUAAACCGACAGACUGCAAAAAAUUUAUGAGAAAAAAAUAUGUGAGUAUAGUGAUUCAUAAUUCAUACUAAGACUUUGUUUAUAACAAUUCAUUUGAGAGUUUACAUAGAAAUCAUAUGGAAUUAAAGAGAAAAAAAUAAAAAUAAAAAUAAUUAAAAUGAAACUUUGAAAUUAUUCCAAAUUUAAAUAUUCUUAAAAAUUACAAAACCGCAAAAGAAUACUUUAUUAAAAUAAUAUGCAUACUUUGUGAGUGCUCUGAUGUAAAAUAAAAGUUUAAAUAUGAAACUAAAAAUAAAAAUAAUUACAACAAAAAUAGAUCAAAAAGCAUAUAGCCCAAUAGUAAAAUUUACAAAAUAGCAGAAUUUAUAUACAUGAAAACAUUUUCGUAAACAAAAAGACAUAAUACAAAAUUAGGGAAUUUAAUGUGCAGUUUACAAAUACAAUAAUAGCAAAAGAGUUUAAGUAAAAAUACUUAAAACCAAAAAUCCUGUAGUCACGAAUAUCGGAAAUAUACCUACAUACUUGUUGGCAAACAUCAAUAUAUAUGCACAUAUACAAGCAUACAUGUACAUAUGAAGAGGCAACGAUCUACUUACGAACAAACUUAUAUAUGUGCACACGAAUAUAUUUAUAUAUGAACAAAAAAUAAACGUUCUUAAACUAAAAAUCUGUAACAGCAUCUACACCAAAAAAUUAUAUUAAUUACUUGUUACUACGUAAAAUACGAUAAAAAGUCAGCAUGGAAAAUAUAUAUUAGAAAUUAGUGGCCCAUAAACUCAUCAACGUAUUUCGUACAAAAGAAAAAUUAUACUCACUCAAAAACAUUCAUAAAAACAGGUAAUAACAAUUUGUGAAAAAUAAAAGAGGCUUAUAGCAAGCUGCUACAAAAACCAAUUUUCAAUACCACCGCCACUUUUUUGAUAUCCUGCAUACGGACAAUCAACUGAAUAAGGUAAUCGGUCUUCAUAACUGAGCAUAUGGCGGUAUGACGUAUGUCAAUUGCUCAGAAACGUAGAUAAGCAAAAUUUCAUGGUAUUAGGAAAGGGAACGCAUACAAAACAGACGAAGAGGUGAGAAAUAGCAACUGUGAUUCUGAUAACAGUGGCAGCUGGUGGUAAACAACUCUAUCACUCAAUUGACAUUAACGUCACAGUAUUCAACACUGCUAGUGAACAGCUGAGCGUUUAUACUAUAAUAGAAACAACAGUUGCUACAACUGGACUAAUCCUAUAUUUAUAUCAAGGAAAACAAAUAUUGAAAGCUCAAGCUAACGAAAUUUCAAGAGCUUUAUCGUAAUCAAUUUAAACUUAAUAGCUUUUCCUCACGCACUCGUUACGACAGAGCUUUCAAAACUAUACUAAAAGCUUUCAAUAUUGUUGUUACGAAAACCUGUUGCUCAAAUAACAAGUGGGAUAUACAUUUAAAAUUAAAUAGUCUCCAGCCAGCAGCCGUUAAAAGAAGUCGUUAAAACAUAAUAUUAAGUAUAUAAUACGUCAAGUAUAAAAUAGCAUUACACAUUUAUAUUCGUGUAAUGCCUAUCCCGGCUACCUCUUCCAAGAAAACAACCUCGCUCUACUACUAUUUCGCUCUCUACUUUUCCCACUACAAGGACUCACCGAUACCUAUAAAACAAAUUUUCAUAGGAGGUUAAUUAAACAUGUCUUAUAUACCCGAUGAUGCCAGUAGUAUGAGUGACGACGUUUUUGAAGAUCCCGAAACUACUCAGCGUCGUCUAGAGGAGACUAUACGCCAUCGUGUUGAUUUUGGUGCCAGUGGUGGAGGUAGCAGUGGUCUUGGUUCCAGUAUUGGCGGAAGCAGCAGUAAAGCAUGCAGUACCGGUUAUCCAGGCUAUCGUCCGCCCGUUAAGGCAUUGCAGAUGUAUGCACUUGAAGAUGCGGUAUUUCAUGAAGACAUUGACCAAGGCGAAUAUGAAGAUGGUUGGCGUUCGUAUCGCUACGAUGAAGUGGGCAUGUAUACUCAACCACCACAACAGCCUUUCGAUGAUACGGUAAAUCACAAGACAAUAUUGCUUGGCGAUUCUGGCGUAGGUAAAACUUCUUUCCUAGUUAAGUACAAUACGGGCGAAUUUCGUUUGGGUUCCUUUUCUGCGACAGUUGGUAUCGCAUUAACGGUGAUUAUGUUGGGUGAUUCAGGGGUCGGAAAAACAUGCGUGCUCAUCCGAUUUUAUGAUGGGAAAUAUAUGCCAAACUACUACAUAACCACAGUUGGCAUUGAUUUCCGGAAUAAGGUGGUGGUCGUAGAUGGCACGCGCGUCAAGUUGCAAAUUUGGGACACAGCUGGUCAGGAACGUUUUCGCAGUGUCACACAUGCCUAUUAUCGAGAUGCACAUGCACUUCUUUUAUUAUAUGACGUCACCAAUAAAACCACCUAUGACAACAUUCGCGCAUGGCUCGGUGAGAUAAGGGAAUAUGCACAGGAUGAUGUUGUGAUUGUGCUUAUUGGAAAUAAAGCAGACUGCAGUAACAGCGAAAGGCAGGUAAAGCGGGAAGAUGGAGAGCGUUUAGCGCGGGAACACAAUGUGCCGUUCAUGGAAACAUCAGCAAAAACGGGAUUGAAUGUCGAACUUGCUUUCUCUGCUGUCGCUAGGCAACUAAAAUGUCGUGGCACCGUAAAUGGCGAUGAUGGAAAAUUCAAUGUGCAUGAUUUCGUACGUGACAAUACACGUGCACGCACAAUGUGCGCGCAAUGCAAGUCCAUGUAGUGUUGUGCGGUUUACUCUGUUAUUUGCCAAAAAGAAAUAUGAAAUAAAAAUAAGAAAUGAUGAAAUGUGUAAACAGAAAGUAUGGUGAAUGUAUUUUAAUUUGAAAGUUUUUA